AUUGAAGCAACAGGGUCAACACUCGCUUGUGCUUUCGGAAAUGGUGUUAUUCGUGUAAUUACUGUAGCGAUAUCGGUAGCCAAUGCCACUAACAAUGUAAAAGGAGAUUAUGUUAGACUGAUUCAAGUCAUAAAACCGCACAAAAUGGCAAUAACUGCGAUGUCUUUGAAUCCAUCGUGCAGCUUACUAGUGACGGGUAGUGAAGAUUCAACUGUGUUUAAUUUCACCAUUACAGUGACCAAAACUUUUCCUGUCGUUACACCAAUUGGCUUCAUCAAAGUACCAUCGGAAGUUACAUGUCUUACGUGGAAGUCGCAAUAUGAAACGACAUUAUUAAUUGGAUGUUUGCAAGGUGAUUGCGUAGAAGUUAUAUUACCAAGCGUACUUCAAUCGUACACUAUCGCUUCAUACGAACUCGUUCAGUGUCGACCAAAAGCAUUUAAAUUUCAUUCUGUAAAAUCUGUUAUUCGAAGAGAAUUAAUACGCCUGGAGCGAGAGAAAGAGAAGAGAGAGAAGAUAGCGAAGAAACGUGAAGAAAUAGAGCGAUUAAUAGCUGAAAGUCCCGGACUAGAAGUUAACGAAGAAGCAUUUCUCGAUAUAGAAGAAGAAGAGCCAUUACCAGAAAUAUAUAUACCGAAAAUACCAAACAAGAUAUUGAUGGCACAAUACAUUAGUCGCGAUAUUAUUUGGUUGUCAAUGGCAGGAUUUGACGCGGGAUAUAUAUAUGAAUAUCCAAGUCCGGAAAUUACCGAAACUGUCGGAGAGGAGCCUGUUAAAAGUACCAUAAUAUACGAUGCGGAUGACACAGAAUUACGAAGUUGUCUCUUCUAUAAGGGAAGAAAAUACUUGUUUCUGGGAAUGGAGCAUGGACAAAUACGGGUUUGCAGAUGGAAACCCGAAAAUUAUACAGAUCUCUCAGAUUACUGGAUACUUCCAAUGCAUGAUAAUUAUAACGGCCAUAUUCCAAAAAUGAUUCUUAGCCACGACCAAAGGAUACUGUUUACGUGUGGACAUGACGGAAAUUUAUUUUCUUAUGAGAUAAACGAUGAUGCGCCACUCGAAGAAAUUGAAUUUGAAAAGACCAAAGGGACCUUAUCUCUGCCAUAUGCUAGUAUCGAAGAUAUCGAGGAAAUUGAUUAUGCAAGUCUGGAAGAGAUGAUUCAGCAAGCUGAAUAUGACAGAAUUGCAACUGCAGCAAAGCAAAGGAAACAUCAGACUUUGGAGAUAUUGCUUAAAUUAAGCGAGGAAUAUAGCAAGAUUUUGGAAAGGAAUAACAUACUACCGAAGCCUCAUCAAAUAACUUGCAAGGAAUUGGAACUAGAUCCUAGAAUUACAGCUAACCUAAACAAAGAGUUAGAUGCGGAAAUGGCUGCGAUACGCGAAAAAUUGGCGUUUAAAGUGGAGAAGAGCGAGCUUGGAUUGCAAAAGCUUCUAGAACACUUUGUUCAACCGAUUACAUGUUUACCAUUUGUUGUCUGCAAAAUAUCGAAACCAGAUAGCGUAGUAUAUUCUUUGCGCCAACGCGUCUUGGAUAUUGACGUUACUUUGUCGCAUAUUGAUACGAUAAAACAUACGCACGUGUCCGAGAAAGAAGCGAAUAGAAAUAGUGUAACGGAUGAUGAAGUGCAACAUUUUGAGGAGGAGCAACGAGAAGAAGAUAAAGUGGAAACGGAAGAAGAAAUUGAGGUGGCGAAAACGAAACCAAUUACGGAUUUCUUAAAGGGCGUAAAUUACGAAGAUGUGGAUAGUAGUCUGGGAAUUCAAUUAAACCAAAUGUUACGUAAAUAUACCUUAAGAAAGACAAGACUGGAAGAACGCGAAAAGGAAUGGAAAGUUAUAUAUAACGAAAAACCCGAUAUAUUUAUCAAUAAUACGCAUGAUAUAUUCGCUAUAGAGGAAGCAACAAGAACCAUCGGUGAUUAUAAAUUAAAGACAUCUUCGACUUUCAAUUUGCUGUCGGAAGAACGAGAUACUCUCUUUUCAAAAUAUAAGGAACUACUAAAUUGCCGAAAAAAGCUUUAUUAUCAACAAGAACCUUUUAACACGAGACUGAAAGCUGUAAGAACAGAAAAAGAACACUUGCAUGCGGAAGUUCUACAUUUAAUAAAAUCCCUCAAAAAGAUUCAUGCCGAAAUACCAUUGAAAAGUGUAAAACCUUUAUCAGUAGCUCCUGCAUUAAAUAUUAAUAUAGAAUUUCCCGAGAGGAAAAUAAUGAUCGAGGAAUAUACAUUGAAGGCAGAUAGGCAAAGACGGACGACAGUUUUACCAGAGCAAACACUACCUCAUUGUCCAGACGAAGAAUACGAGGUGUUACUUCUGGAUGAAAAAUUUCCAGAAAAUGCGAAAACUUUCAGGGGACCGUUUGCGUUAUACCCUGAAAGAAAGAUAAAGGUUCAACCCAUUGUCCAAGAUAACAUGAAAUUACUUUAUUUGAGCGAUGAUACUGAGAGUUCAUGGGAACGAGAAAUGAAAUCUUCUCGUAUGCUGCGCAAGAUAUACGAACAGGAUUGCAUAUUGUGACACAUACAAACCAACUGUGAAAAUUUAGACAAGAAGUUAGAUAAAUUAGAGCGCGAUAGAUUGGACAUUGUUGCUGAGAAUGUCAAUCUUAAUUUAUUUUUAUUGACCCUCCGUCAAGAAUAUGUUAUCUUGAAAGAAUACGAGACAAUGGAGAACGUAUUGCACGACCAAGUUAAUCGUAAAUCAGAAGAGGUCGCAGCAAUGAGGCAGAAAAUACAGACGGCAACCGACAAAGUUGACAUUAAAACCAAGGAAAUUACAAAAUUGCGUAAUCAGAUUAAAAAUAUCUUUUCCGAGUACAUGUCUAGAAUGAAUGAUAAUAAGUUUCGUAACUUUCUAUGUAGAAUAUUGAGGAAAAAGUACAAAGAAGCAAAGGAAGAUGACGAAACCACUACGACAACAACUGAAACGGAUUCAGAUGAAACGGAUAGUGUCGAUAAUGAAAAAUCUGAGUUAAUUUAUCUCGACGAAAACGUAUGUCCGCCAGGAUGUGAUAAAACGUUAUAUAAUUUAGCAUUUUUGAUGAGAGAAAACCGAUAUGCGUACGAACAUGAAAUCAGAGAUGCACAACGAGCUAUGGAGAUUCUUCAUAAGGAGAUUCAAAUUCAUAUGAAGAAGCUAAAAGUUGUAGAGAGUAGUUUAAAGAAAAAUGAGGAUGAUCUAAAAAUGUUUAUGCUUAAGAAACAGCGAAAAUUAAACGAUGUGGAUGUCACGGUACUAAUGAAAUUGCAUCAGCUGCAGUAUUUCGAAGAGUCUCAGAUUCCAUUCAAGGUGCACGAUUGCGUAGUGUUCGAUAAGAAAAAACUGUCUAAAUUGUACGCGAGAAUACAAGAGUUACAUGAGGAAACACUUGAAUUGCAAGUUAAACACAAACACGCUCGAACGCACCUCCAGAGAAUUAAACUCGAUUGCAAUCACAUGCGUGUCAACAAUAAAAAUUUGAAAAAUGAGAUUAAGCUGAAGAUAAUGAAUAAGUUUGGCCAGGAUAUAUCGUUAAAUAAAUUAUACGAGACAAUACUUCGUCGUAUAGUGUAUGAUAUUAAAACUAACUUAAGCGAGACAACGAUGUAUUUCACCAAACGAAUCAAGCACAUUAAGGAAAAUUACGCAGGAGAAUUAGUCAUAUUUAAUAAACUGAUUCGGGAACAUACGCAAAAGUUGAGCUUUCUGACGCUUUUAGUGGAAGAGCGAUCAAAGCUUCAAAAACUAUCCAAGCAACGCAUCAUGUCAGAUGAAGAAAUGCUGCAGUUGGAAGAGAAAUACAAAAGUGACAUAAUAAAAUUGGAGAGUAUCCUUGAAAAUCAAAUGCGACAGAAGUAUCUAUUUCGGAAUAAUAUUAAAAAUCUUAGAUUAAAAACAAAGUCGCAACAUCCAGCCCAAUUUAAGGAAAUAAUAUCCAGUGAUAAAGAAACACUUUGAUCCUAUUAUAGCCAAGAAUGGACAAGAAUUUCAACAUUGAUAAAACAUAUUAUUAUGUAUGUUAGAUAUGUAUGUUAGAUUAUUAUCAAAAAAGAUAAAUAGCAGUUAACUAAAUUCAGUUUGGGUAGUUAAUAGAGUUCAAUUAAA